AUGCUAUUGGGGGAAGAUUCAAGAAUCAGAGAUUACUGGAGGAAGUUGGGGCAGGAUGCUUUGAGACACGGAGUUAAGGGGGUCAUCAUCAUGGGAGCCCAUUGGAACUCAGAAGGUGAAAAGGUCAAGGUAGCAACGAAUCCUUCACCGACCUUCAUGCCUCUCACCAACACCCACCCCAAGCAUUGGGCAGGCUGGAAGCCUAAUCCGGACCUCGAUACGUCCCGCCGUGUUAUCGAGAUGCUCAAGGCCGCUGGCAUUGAGGCCGAAGAGGAACCAAAAUUCGAAUGGAUGAUUGACACAUUCCCAAUACUCAUCGGAAUGUUUGGUGACAAGUGCCCGCCAACUACUAUCAUUUCGCAGAACAGCUACUUUGACCCAAUUUUCCACACGCGGCUCGGGACUGCUCUGCGAGAGCUGCGAGGCGAGAAGUACCUUUUCGUAGGAUCCGGUGGGGGUACACACAACCUAUAUCGUGCAGAAUGGAGUUACAUGCUCAAGUACAAGGACAACUUUGCCAUGGAGCAUCCUCCAGACGAAGACAGCCUCGAGUUUCGUCAAUCACUAGAGGAUGUCAUUUGUAGGAAUGGCGGAGGACCGGAAUUGCGUCGUGGAGUUGCGAGGUUGAUGAAAAACCCGUACUUUCGCGAAGCCCACGGGACGGAUGAACAUUACGUCUCUGCCUGCUUCAUAGCCGGUACCAUCGGAGAGCCAGACGAUCGAGGAUCAAAGGCCGUUCUGGGAGCGGAGGCCUGGGAACUGUUCUCUCUCAAGGCCAAGCAUUUUCCCUCCAGUCUGACCCUGUGCGCUGUCAUCUCUAUUAAGUACAGUUUGAAAAUGACGCGUAUAAUGAUAUUUGGCGCCGGUAGCGUCGGAACAGUAUAUGCCUUUUUACUUCAAAAGGCUGGCGCAGACGUCACAUGUGUAUGUCGUUCGACGUACGAGACCGCCAAACUCAACGGUUUCACCGUCCAGUCGACUAUCUUUGGAACGCAUACCUUUCGCCCUACUAUCGUCAAAUCUGCGCAGGAGGCAGUCGGAGUUCAAAUCAACAGCAGCCCAUUUGACUUCAUACUUGUGUGCACAAAAGCCAUCAGCAGCAGAAGCACAACGCAGUCUCCGCCAUCGUUGAUACAUCCGGCUGUUCAAAGAGGCCACACGAGCAUCGUAGUUAUACAAAAUGGAAUUGGGGUCGAGCAAAUCUACCAUGAAGCCUUCCCCGAUAAUACCAUAAUCUCCGGCGUCACGUAUCUGCCUGUGACACAGACAAACCCAGGCAUAUAUUCACACACGGAGACACAAGUGUUACAUAUCGGCAUCUAUCCUGCUUCUAGCACAACACCACUCGACCAUGAAAACAUCAAGUCAUUUUCCAAUCUGAUAGAAGCAGCUGGUGCGGACGUGGCGAUCCACGAAGAAGUGCAGAUCGAGCGCUGGAAGAAACUCGUGGCUAAUGCGACCUGGAACCCGAUCUGCGCGCUAUCUCGAUGUCGGGACCUAGAGUUUCUCCAGGCUUCCCCGGAUCUAGCACAAGAAUUCAUUGUCGAAUCGAUGCGCGAGGUAGUGUCUGUGGCUGCCGCUUCUGGCUACGGCAACCAUGUUACAGAAGACACAAUCAGUGCGCAGCUUGCGCGCAGCAAAGCUAGGAAGUGGCCGGGGGUGGAACCAAGCAUGCUAGCUGAUAUUGUGGCUGGUAGGCCGAUGGAAGUCGAAGGCAUUGUUGGCGAGGUGGUCAAGGAGGCGAAAGACAGAGGGGUCAGUGUGCCCAGGCUGGAGACAUUGUAUUUGCUGCUCAAAGGCUACGACUGGGCUUUAGCGAAGAGCCGUCAAUAA